AUGAAUGUUCAUGAGCAGCAGGAUGCAGCAGAAUAUCUGCAGAUGAUAUUAAACAAAGUUCCUGAGCCAGAGGUUUUCAGAGGAAUCAAGGAGACAUCUACAACAUGUUCUAACUGCGAACAUGCCUAUGAAGAGGACACAGAUUUUUUAUCCAUACCUCUGUCUAUUAAUGAGAAUGGAAAUUGUGAUGUGCAAUAUGCUUGGGAGGAGAAUUUAGGAGUCCAUGUCAUGAGUGGAGAUGAUCAGCUGUACUGUGUUAAAUGUAGAUCAAUGAGAGACAUGGAAACGAUAAAUUACAUUAAAAAGUGGCCAGAUAUUUUGACUCUUCAGCUGAAGAGAUUUGAGAUGAAGUACAUCCGAAAUGAGAUUUACUACCAGAAAAAUGAAUGCAGAGUUGAGAUUCCUUUACAUAAUCAGUUCAAACAGGGAUCAAAGAAUGAAUCUUCCCCAGAGUAUGAGCUGUAUGCCAUCAUUGAUCACUACGGCUCAUUCACUGGUGGUCAUUACGUCACACUCAAUAAAGAUCUGAGUGGAAACUGGUAUCAUUUUAAUGAUCACAUAGUCACACAGAUUCGUAAUACAGACUAUCAAUAUAUCAGCUCUAAUUCUGCACAUUUGUUAAUGUACAUAAAAGUGUCAGAAAUGUUCAAACUGAGACUGAAGGACGAGUUUCAGUAUCUGAAUGAUGUCUUCAUUGAACCACACAUCACAGAGAAACCUGAUUCUCACAUCAGUGAUAAGAGACCGAUCAUGCGCAACAACAUGUUUGAAGGCCAGAAUAUCAGGACAGUUUUGCUGAAGGGAGAUGCAGGAACUGGAAAAACUGUGACUGUGCAGAAGUUCAUCCUGGACUGGGCUGAAGAUAAAUCAAACACUCAUAUCGAUUAUAUAUUUCUGAUCCCUUUUCAGAAGCUGAACAUUAUCAGAGAGACGGUGAAGGAGUGUAGCUUCAUGCAGCUUCUGCAGCAAUGCUUUGAAAACACUGAACAUCUGACACUUCAUGACUCUGACAAGAUCAUGCUGAUAUUUGAUGGACUCAAUGAAUUUAAACUCCAGAACACAAAGAUUACUGAUAUAAACAAACCAGCCUCAGUCUCUGAUCUACUGACAAACCUGAUCAAGGGAAAUCUGCUUCCAAACGCUCAGAUCUGGAUCACCAGCAGACCAGCAGCAGCCAAUCAGAUUCCUGCUCGAUUUAUUGAUCGUGUGACAGAGAUCCAGGGCUUUGAUGACCAGCAGAAGCAGGAAUAUUUCAGAAAGAGCAUCAGUGAUCAGAGAAUGAGUGAUAAAGUCAUCAGUCACAUCCAGAAAUCUCCACGCGUCAGCAGCAUGUGUUAUUUACCAGAUUACUGCAGAAUCAUCGCAGAGAUUCCAGAGAAGAUGUUCAGUACAGGCCGAGAUGAUUUCCCCAAGACUCUCACUCAGAUGUACAGCAGACUCCUGUUAGCUCAGAUUAAACUGAUUCGAGAGAGAAAAGAGACCAUCAUAGCUCUGGGGAGAAUAGCGUUUGAGCUGCUGGUGAACAGAAACUCUCUCUUCUGUUAUGAAGACUUCAAGAAAUGUGGCAUUAGAGAUGAAAGUGAUCUGAUACGCUCAUCAAUCAUAAAGAAGAUUGAAGACAAAAGCAAGCGUACAUCAUUCUGUUUCGUGAAUCACAGAACACAGGAGUUUCUGGCAGCUUUAUAUGUGACUGAAGUCAUUAAUGUGAAUAAUCCACACCAGCUCAGACAUCUGUCCAGUCUGAAACUUGAAUUUGGAAAGGAGAACUUCACAGACUACUAUGUACUCGAGAACAUCAUGAAAAACACUUUAGAAAGACAGAUGGAUCUCUUCUUCUGCUUUUUACUGGGUUUGACGCUGAAAUCCAGUCAGAGAGCUUUAAAAGACCUCCUGAAACAGAGAGAAAGCAGCUCUUCAUCCAGUCAACUCACAGUUCAACACAUCAAAACACUGAUCGUGAAUUCCUCUCCAGAUGCAGACAAAUGCAGUCUCCUGUUUGACGCUUUGAAAGAGCUGGAUGAACGAUAUUUAAUCCAGGAAAUAAAAACACAGCUGAAAUCUGGACUGAGACUCUCUCCUGAUCAGUUUUCAGCUCUGGUGUUUGUGUUGCUGAACUCAGAAGAGCAGCUGGAUGAGAUUAAAUCUCAACGAUCAGAGGAACAAGAUCUGAUAGUUCGACCAGUCAUCAAAUCAUCUGGAGAACAUGAGAUAUAUCAGUGUGGAAUUGGUGUCAAAGCUUGUGCUGAUCUGAGUUCAGCUCUGAGAUCAAACCCAUCUCAUUUGAGGGAGCUGAACCUGAGUGGGAAUGCACUUGGAGAUUCAGGAGUGAAGCUGCUGGCAGAUCUUCAGUGUAAACUGGGGAAACUGGAUUCAGCUCUGAGAUCAAACCCGUCUCAUCUGAGAGAGCUGGACCUGAGUAACAAUAACAUUACAGAUUCAGGAGUGAAGCAGCUUUCAGAUCUACUAAAACAUCCCGAGUGUAAACUGGAGAAACUGGGGUUGAAAUCUUGUCGUAUUAAUGAGGAAGGUUGUGCUGAUCUGAGUUCAGCUCUGAGAUCAAACCCGUCUCAUCUGAGAGAACUGGACCUGAGUGACAAUUACAUUACAGAUUCAGGAGUGAAGCAGCUUUCAGAUCUACUAAAACAUCCCGAGUUUAAACUGGAGAAACUGUGGUUGAGAUCUUGUCAUGUUAAUGAGGUCAGUUGUGCUGAUCUGAGUUCAGCUCUGAGAUCAAAACCGUCUCAUCUGAGAGAACUGGACCUGAGUAACAAUUACUUUACAGAUUCAGGAGUGAAGCAGCUUUCAGAUCUACUGGCAGAUUCUCAGUUUAAACUGCAGAAACUGGGGUUGAGAUCUUGUUUUAUUAGUGACAGAGGUUGUGAUGAUCUGAGUUCAGCUCUGAGAUCGAACCCGUCUCAUCUGAGAGAACUGGACCUGAGUGACAAUAACAUUACAGAUUCAGGAGUGAAGCAGCUUUCAGAUCUACUAAAACAUCCUCAGUGUAAACUGGAGAAACUGUGGUUGAGAUCUUGUGGUAUCAGUGUCAGAGGUUGUGCUGUUCUGAGUUCAGCUCUGAGAUCAAACCCGUCUCAUCUGAGAGAACUGGACCUGAGUGAGAAUUACAUUACAGAUUCAGGAGUGAAGCAGCUUUCAGAUCUUCUAAAACAUCCCGAGUGUAAACUGGAGAAACUGUGGUUGAGAUCUUGUCAUAUUAGUGACAGAGGUUGUGAUGUUCUGAGUUCAGCUCUGAGAUCAAACCCGUCUCAUCUGAGAGAACUGGACCUGAGUAACAAUAACAUUACAGAUUCAGGAGUGAAGCAGCUUUCAGCUCUACUAAAACAUCCCGAGUGUAAACUGGAGAAACUGUGGCUGAAGAUUAUCAACCACAGCUGGUCACUGAGGUCACGCAAGACGAGAGCGAAUAGGAGAGUGACUGACGCAGACCUGGAGACCUGUUUUGAAAAGCUUAUCAUAAAUAAUUAAAUGGGGGGAAAAAUCACUACAAGCAGAGCAGUUGCUAUCAUCAGACUCCUUUCAUGAUUUAAUUUUGCAUUAAAUCACAACCUAUGUAUCUCAUCCACAGAGGCUUUCUUCAGUGAUCAUUUUAGAUUUUACAUAUUCAAAUAUUCAAUAACAUUGUCUCAGUGCUGAGCAGCAUAAACUCUGGUCCUUGACAAAGUUUAUGGGUGUAUUAUAAUUGAUUUUCUCUGGGUAAUCACUAACAUUUUGACAUAUUCCUCACGUAUAGCCAAAUUAUAGCUUCGGAAGGCUUAUAAUACAUGAAGUACAUUAAAAUCAAUUUUUGAGAUCUUGUCAGAAAUGGUGUAACUAAUGGAUGUCUCACUGGGGCUUAUAGGUCUCAGAAUAUCUUUUCAUGGCCCAAUUAAAAUAUUGUGAUGAACAGUAAA